AUGUCUGCAGCUGGACUUGAGAACACCUUAUUUCAACUGAAGUUCACUUCGAGACAACUACAGAAGCAAGCGCAAAGGGCCUCCAAGGAAGAGAAGCAGGAAGCUAACAAAUUAAAGAAAGCUUUGAAUGAAAGCGAAGAAAUAGCAAGAAUAUACGCCUCAAAUGCCAUCAGAAAGAAAAACGAAAGGUUACAGCUUCUAAAACUGGCAUCAAGAGUUGAUUCGGUUUCUUCAAGGGUACAAACAGCUGUAACUAUGAGACAAGUUUCUGGCUCUAUGGCGUCCGUAUGUCGCGGCAUGGAUAAAGCUUUACAAAGCAUGAAUUUGCAGCAGAUCACGAUGAUAAUGGAUAAAUUUGAGCAGCAAUUUGAAGAUCUAGAUGCUAGUGUAAACGUGUAUGAGGAUAUGGGAACUAGCUCAGAUGCCGUUAUUGUUGAUGCCGAUAAAGUUGACGAACUCAUGAACAAAGUAGCCGAUGAAAAUGGCCUAGAACUGAGACAGAGUGCCAAAGUAGAUAGUCUGCCUGAAAUUAAGCAAACUGAAGUUAAUGAAGAAAAGGAAGAUAAACUGGCCCAACGUUUGCGCGCGUUGAGAGGGUAG